UUUUUGAUUGUUGAUGUUGUGUUGAAGAAAAUUAAAAGCGGUGUUAUUUUGUAAUUUAUAAAUUAUAUUGUUUCAAAAUGGGCGAAGACGAUUAUGAAAACGUGGAGAUACCUAAGAAACGACGACACAGAAAGAAACAUUUGUACAAUUCUAUUCUCAAGUUAAUGGAAUUUUACUUCAGCGAUUCUAACCUAUCAAAGGAUCGUUUUUUAAUUCAGCAGAUCAACGAGUCUCCUUAUGUUGAUUUGAGCAUUUUUUUAAAGUUCAACAAAAUCCGAAAAUUAAAUUGCGAUAUUGAAGAUAUCCGUAAAGCCAUAGGUAAAUCAGAGUUAAUAGAACUAUCCGAAGACAGAGACAAGGUGAAACGAAAGUUACCUAUUAAAUUUAACGAAAAUGUAGACAAAUGCACGAUAUAUGUAGAAAACAUCAAAGCAGACGCUGAUCACGAGUGGAUCUCUCAGUUAUUCUCAGAUUUCGGUAAAGUAGUUUAUGUAUCAAUUCCAAAAUACAAGCAUAAUAAAACCAACAAAGGUUUCGCCUUUGUUGAAUUCCAAGAUGAAGAAGGAGCCCAGAAUGCUUUGACUUAUUUUGAAACCAUCGGUUGUAAAAUGCCCUCCGAAACUAGCCCGGAAAAUUUAAAAAGCAUACAAACUUUCGAGGAUGGCAACGAACAAAAUGAAGAGGUUGACAAAAAUACAAACAAAAAUGCUGAUUCAAAUGAAAUAAAGUUAGAAGAAGAGUCGAAAACUUUAAGUGAAGUUAAGAAUGAAGAAAAUAAUGGCAGUGAAAUGGUUGAGCAAAGUACUGAUGAAAGUGUACAAGUCAAGAGAAAAUUAGAAGAAACGGCAGAAGAAAGUGCGAGUAAGAAGCAAAAAAUAGAAAAUAUUGAUGAAAAAUUGGUAGAAGAGGAAAUUCAGGCUGUUGAGAUGGAAGAUACAGAAAACAAAAAGAAGAAGAAACAUAAAAAAGAUAAGAAAAAGAAUUUGAUCCAAGAAUUAGGGAUUCAGGUUCUAUCUAAGCCAGAAUGGAAGAAAAUGAGGAACAGAUAUUUAGACUUGCAGAAAAAGAAAAUGAAAGAAUUCAAGCAGUAUUUAAACAGACAAAAAUAUAGCCAAAGAAAUUACGAUAAAUCCAGGAAACAACAACAAACUGAUGUGGCACAAUUCAAGGAAGAACCCAAGGAGAAUUCUGCGCCAAAAUUGGAAUUCCUACCAGGAGUUAUAGUUAAAUUAAAGUUACCCGAACCUGUAAUAGACAUUAAAAAAUUCAAGAACGACGCCAAGCUGGUAUCCUCCGAAAUAAAGUACAUAGACGUUCCAAUUCCAGGAUGCUCCAACGAAAUAUUCAUAAGAUUCAAUAACAACAAAGGCGCCAAGGAAUUCUGCACCAAAGACUUCACCGGAGAGAAGACCCUCUUGGAAGGGGACGAAGAGCAAACUUAUUGGGAGAAAAUCCAAGUGGACAGGGAACACAAAUUUUCCAAAAACGUUAAAAAACAAAGGGGGCGCGAGAAAUUGUUGAAGAAGGCCGAGAAAAUAAUGGCUCAGCAUAUUAAAUUCGACGAAGGCGAUUAAUGUAGUAUAAGUUUAAAAAUAAAUGUAC